GUGGGAUAAUCUUCUGUGUUUCCUAAGAUCACGUGGUUGUUCAUGCUUGUCAAUGUGGCCUGUACCAAACAAAUGCGCCCGACCCGAUGGUGCUCUUUGCUUUGUAGGACUACAAAGAAAAGGGCCAUGUGUAGUGGAGUGUGGAGAACCAAUGUUGUGGAGGGGGUCACUAUAAAGUAAACAGGACAUAUCUAUAGGUGACACCAUGCACUGUUAUAAUGGCACAGGACUGCAGUGACAAUCAGUGCAACACUUACUUUAAUUUUUGUUGAAACGUGCUUUUAUUUAUAAGUGAAUGAGACCGUGGCAGGCUAAUCAGUGAAGUGUGACAACGUUGAGAUCAGCUGUUUGUCUAGCUUGAGGUGUCACUUAUUUUGAUGCUCUGAUAAGGUAUAAGCCAGAGGUACAUAUGGCUUUGUGUUGUGUAGAGGACUAAUGAGUGUCUACUGACCACAUUACGUACAUAGGUGGACAGCCACCCUCCAUGGCUAUUUCCUAUACCAGUGUUUACACCAACCAUAAGACUGACACUGCUGUCAAGAGGAUGUGAUUUAGUGACUUAAUCUGUGGAGAGGAUGUGUACAUGUACCCCAGUAAAGAAGUAAGAUAUUGGUCAAUAUUUGUGUCUGGACCCCUUCCGACCAGGGCAGUUUAUUGUUCAUGACCUGGCAGGCGUACUGGAAUACCAAUUUAUUGCUACUCAAGGAUCAUGGUGGCUUGUAUAGGAUAUGCUGACCAUGGAGAUUGACCACUGCUGUGUUUAAAGUUGUUUGUAUUAUCAAUAUGAGUCAGGAAAAUCGACCAGUUGUAUAUCCCCCAAAAUUAGAAUCCAAGACUUCAAAAGGUGAAAGUUCUCAUUCUUCAAAUCAGGUCUCUGGAGCUUAUUUGAGGCCUUCAUCGAACUCCCAAUCUCACAGUGGUGCUAGACGAAAUUCUGGGAAUUACCCUGAUAUUGUUGACAGUGACAAUUGUUUUCUGCCAUCAGAAAGUUUUACAGACCUAAGAAAUACAAUGGAAUCUUCAAAUAAUGCAACAAAUACAACUGACAAUAGACCUAGUACUUCAGGUGACACAACAGGACAGGGUACAAGGGCAGUGCCACAGUCACCUGGUGUGGUCAGUGAACAUCGCAGGUCAAUAAGUGCAAUUAUAGAUCACCAAAUGCAACAAGCAUUGGAAGAGAGUGGACAUAACACCCAAAGGGUCAGCCCUACCCAGGGGCUCUACCCAGCUAUCACAAACUCAUCAGCGACCACAGGUGUGAUGGGCUCCACCCAUAUCAGUACACAUGACCUCAGUGCAGGAAUUACCCCGGGGGCGGAUUCCAGUCGUGAGGCCCUCCCUGAUAUCUUGCAUUCUCAUGUGAUACCUACCCACCAUACAUCCUCGAGUCACCAUGGACAGUCUCAUGGUCACCUUCCACCAGGAGUUGACCCUCGGGUCUAUACCUACCACCAGAGUCAGGCGAGACACCAUUCACGGCACCACCGUGGUGGGCGAUCAUCUAGGGAUAGGCGCCGCAGUCGGUCACGAAGUGGUUCACAAACGGAAGAACCUUGUAAGACGAGUUGUAUGAACUGUUUGGCUGCGUCCACAUCAUUUCGAUGGAUCCUAGUGAUUUUGUCCCUAUUGGGGGUGUGUUGUGUGGUGACGGGUAUUGUAUUAGCGGCUCUCCAUGCUGCUGGGAACAGCUUCCUCUUCUUGGCCAUCAUGUUCAUAGGUUUGGGCGUUCUGCUCGUUGUUGUAGUAGCUGUUGGAUGGAAAUGUACACCAAGGGGUCAUGAACCUUUACAUGCAUUAUUUGGACUUGGUGACUUUCGCCAUCAGCCCAGAGAAAGGAGACACCGCCACCAUGGUCACCAUCGGCGACGCGGAGAGGGUCAGUGGUAUGGAGGUGUGAUGUACCCCGAGUUUCAGUACCGCCGUCCACCCCCGUCAUACAAUGUAUCGAUGCAGGAGUUUCAGCAUCAGCUAGUAAUGGCCCAGAACCAGCCCCGGAACUUUGACGAUGUUCCAGUGGAGGAUUACAGUUUACCAAGCUCCCCACCCCCCUCAUACCGCUCACGUGCUAGCACAGUGAGAACUGGAAUACAAAUCACAUUUCCACCCUCUAGAGCAGACCAACCCAACUCCCGUCCACCUACAUAUCGCUCUCAUGUUGGACCAGACCAGAACGCUCAUUCACGCCCAUCACUGCCCCGUGAUGAUGAUGGAAAUGUAGUGACUGGUGGAGACAUUCAGAUUGAGGUUCCAAACAUUAGUGCUAUAAACAUUAUAAGUACAAGCACUCCAUCUAACACAGCCGCAGGAACAGAGGGCCCAAGCCAACAGGCACAGGGGUCAUCCACUAGUGCUAAUCCCACAGUCAAUACUACAGGUGCUAGUGGCCAAACCAUAGUGACAGUCACACACACUACUGCUGAGCAGGCACAAGUACAAAGGACACUUGGAACAAAAAAUACAGAUCCAUCUCCAGGUGAACAACCAAGUGUUAGUCCAGCCGAGGACGAGUAUCCAAUGGAAACACCACUUUAACUGUAGUAUUAGGUUCAUCUCUGGUCAUAUAUGGACAGAUACUUCUGUGGUGCACAAGUCAAGCUUUACAGUACAAUGUUAAUAAUGUGAGUGUGUGUGCUACUUCUGACAAGGAUUUUGUCUGUAUGAGCAUGAAGACGGAAGCUUAUCAUUUGUCACGGUACGGAGUGUGAGGUUGGAAACUUAUCAUUUGUUACGGUACAGAAUGUUGAGGUUGGAAACUUAUCAUUUGUCACGGUACGGAGUGUGAGGUUGGAAGCUUAUCAUUUGUCACGGUACGGAGUGUGAGGUCGGAAACUUAUCAUUUGUCACGGUACGGAGUGUGAGGUCGGAAACUUAUCAUUUGUCACGGUACGGAGUGUGAGGUCGGAAACUUAUCAUUUGUCACGGUACGGAGUGUGAGGUCGGAAACUUAUCAUUUGUCACGGUACGGAGUGUGAGGACGGAAACUUAUUAUUUGUCACGGUACGGAGUGUGAGGUCGGAAACUUACCAUUUGUCACAGUACGGAGUGUGAGGUAGGAAACUUAUCAUUUGUCACGGUACGGAGUGUGAGGUCGGAAACUUAUCAUUUAUCACGGUACGGAGUGUGAGGUCAGAAACUUAUCAUUUGUCACGGUACGGAGUGUGAGGUCGGAAACUUAUCAUUUGUCACGGUACGGAGUGUGAGGUCGGAAACUUAUCAUUUGUCACGGUACGGAGUGUGAGGUCGGAAACUUAUCAUUUGUCACGGUACAGAGUGUGAGGUCAGAAGCUUAACAUUUGUCACUAAGAAGUGGUCUGUGUGUACAAUUUUAUGAAGUGGUCAGUUUGUACAGGUGUAUGAAGUGGUCAGUUUGUACAGGUAUAUGAAAUGGUCAGUGUGUUGUGAUGUAUGAAGUGGUCAGUUUGUACAGGUGUAUGAAGUGAUCAGUUUGUACAGGUGUAUGAAGUGGUCAGUUUGUACAUGUGUAUGAAGUGGUCAGUUUGUAUAGGUAUAUGAAGUGGUCAGUUGGUAUAGGUAUACGAAGUGGUCAGUUUGUACAGGUGUAUGAAGUGGUCAGUUUGUACAGGUGUAUGAAGUGGUCAGUGUGAUGUGAUGUAUGAAGUGGUCAGUUUGUAUAGGUAUAUGAAGUGGUCAGUGUGUUGUGAUGUAUGAGGUGGUCAGUUUGUACAUGUGUAUGAAGUGGUCAGUUUGUACAGGUAUAUGAAGUGGUCAGUUUGUACAGGUAUAUGAAGUGGUCAGUGUGUUGUGAUGUAUGAGGUGGUCAGUGUGUUGUGAUGUAUGAGGUGGUCAGUGUGUUGUGAUGUAUGAGGUGGUCAGUGUGUUGUGAUGUAUGAGGUGGUCAGUGUGUUGUGAUGUAUGAGGUGGUCAGUGUGUUGUGAUGUAUGAGGUGGUCAGUGUGUUGUGAUGUAUGAGGUGGUCAGUGUGUUGUGAUGUAUGAGAUGGUCAGUGUGACCAGUGGUUUUUACUAGGUUAUUUAGAUGUUGUGUUUGUGGUCGGUGUGUGACACUGUCACCUAUUUAUGUUGUUUUACUUAUUUUAAACUUUAUACAGUGUUAACUCUGUCAUGGUUGGUUUUACAUUUACCAGGUAAAUAUCCCUGGGUACGACUGUUUUCAGGUACGAAUCUCUUCUUAUUUAUGUUUCACCUGCUUUUUAACAAACAGAUUACUAGCUUGGCAACCAAUACACCAAGCUAGAUAUACAAGAUGUUGUGGAAAUUCAUUUGGUUCUAAAUGAAGUUUCAUCCUGUUAUGUAAGAUGUUGGUGGCCACAAAACUGUAGAUAUGACUUACAAGAGAUCACUAUCAGAUAGUUUCACACAUCCAAGUGUGGUAUAUUUUUCUACAAGUUUACCAAUCAGGGUUCUAAAUACCUGUUCGUUGUCAUGGAGAUUAGACUUACUUAUGUCCCAUCAUUUUGAGUAUUUAACAGUAAUAAAAAAAGAAUUUAAAAAAAGAAGUUUGUAUUGCUCUGGUAGAUUUGACACAGAACAUAUUUUCCAUUGAAAUGGUAAUAGAGCAAUAUGUGCUAAUUUCACUUAUUUUUUAAAGUUGUCAAGUUUUAGUUGAAAUACAGAAAACAAGCUUUUAGUCAUGUAUCAUUUGUUUAGAAUUGUCAAAGCAAACCUUGUUAAAACAUUUAAAAUGUUACAGUGUACAGUUGAUUUUUACUAUUUUACAAGUGUGAUACUUAGAGAAAUUGUGGACUCUGUACAUACAUUCCGAAACAAGUAAAGCCUAUGCAAAUAGCCUCUGUGAUGGCCUGGGAUGCAUUCUCGUUCCAGGCAGAAUGCAUUUUACAUUGAAGACCUACAUAUACUGCAAGUCAGAAUUAGUUUUAUGGCAUUUCUCUUUUUAACUACAUGCAGUUUUCACGAGGCAUUUUGGAAUACAUUGUAAACUAUAUUUGUUUUGCCAAGUGUAGAUGUUGAUUGUGUUAACACAGAGUAUUUACUUCCAUGUAUUGACUACUGUCAUUUUACUUUGUCUAUGUAGCCUGAUAUUAUGUUUUAUUUUAGUAAGUCUACAUUUUAUAAAUCAUUACCUUUCAUCGCUAUUCAAACUUUAGUUUUUACAAACACAUUCCAUCUGCUGUGAUUUUAAAACUGUUUCACAUUUUUAUUAGAAAUUCUCCACUACUGCUUGGUAUUAUAUUGAUAUGACAGAGCUUUUUAUUAAAUCCUUUUAAAGAGGAUGUUCAAUGUAGUAGGAUUUUAUAACCAUGUCACAAAAUCCUCCACAAUGAAAAUAAUUUUAUACUGCUUGCUUACACGGACAAGUGAUGUGACGUUGAGGAGAGACAAGGUUUUCUUAAGUAAAACACCAGUCAUUUUAAUCAUAUGGUUAUAUGUUAAAUAUCAGUUGUUGGCACACGGCUCACUUGACUUGAAGCUUAUGCCAUGUUGCAGCGUUUGACAUUUGGCUUGUAGGCUGCUGGAAUUAAGCUCGACCAAAUUUGAGAAAAAAAUUGAUCUUGACCCACAUUCAAGGUCACAGGGAUCAGAUUUGUUGAAACUCUUACACAACUUCUCAAUAACCAAAAGUCCUAGACUGAUGAACUUUGACCGAUAUGUUUGUGGGAUCAACCCCGACAAAUUUUGUGAAGAGAAAUUAUGUUAACCCUACUCAAGGUCACAGGGCUAAAAUUUGUUGAAACAUUGGGAUGAAGCCCAACAAAGUGUGCAAAAAGAAACGACCUUGAUCCAUAUUCAAGGUCACAAGGGUCAAAUUUGUUUGAACACUUCAACAACUUCUCAUAACCAAAUAUUCUAGAAUCAAGAAAUUCUACUGGUACGUAACUGAUAAAGCCCAACAAAGCUUGGGGAAAGUAAAGACCUUGACCCGGGCAUACUUAAAAUCACAGGGGUCAGAUUUGUUGAAACACUUACACCAAUUCUGAUUAAAAGGCUUAAAGUUUGCAUAUUUAGCUUGUAGGCUCCGGGUAUCAAGCCAAACAAAUCUUAAUCCUUCUUGUUCACCAAAAAACCUUGAAUAAUGUUGAACCAAUUGCUUUGUUGUUAAAGUAUAGAAUUUUUGAAAAAGAAUAACCUUAAACCUUACUCAGUGUUAUAGGAGACAAGUUUUCAUUAACUGAAAGCCCUUGAACAGUAGAUAACUUGUAAGUGAUAAAGGCCCAUAUGACCUCUUGUUAUGAGAAUACACAAACAGGUUUUAUUUUGUAAAUGAAAAUAGCUUUGGAAGCUAAAUCAAGACUGUAAAUUGAUGCAUGUGAUUGUAAAUGAUUAACUUUUUUGAUCAGUAGAGAUAAUAUUUUCAGUACCAAUUUUAUGUUUGUUGGCCAACUUGGAAACUACAUGUUUUACUUAAAAUUAUAUUUUCUGUCAUAAAAAAUGGCUGUUAACUUAUAUAUUCUGUAUACUAUUUAAAUUUCAUUACGAAGUAAGAUAGACUGCUGGCAGAAACAUACUUCUCUAAUGUAUACGCUGAUAUACCCAAUGGGAUUAAUGUAUACGCUGAUAUACCCAAUGGGAUUAAUGUAUACGCUGAUAUACCCAAUUGGAUUAAUGUAUACGCUGAUAUACCCAAUGGGAUUAAUGUAUACGCUGAUAUACCCGAUUGGAUUAAUGUAUACGCUGAUAUACCCAAUGGGAUUAAUGUAUACGCUGAUAUACCCAAUGGGAUUAAUGUAUACGCUGAUAUACCCGAUUGGAUUAAUGUAUACGCUGAUAUACCCAAUGGAAUUAAUGUAUACGCUGAUAUACCCAAUUGGAUUAAUGUAUACGCUGAUAUACCCAAUUGGAUAAGCUGUGUGUAUAUAUAUAUAUAUUUAUGAGGUAAAACUUCAUUGGUUAACAUUCUUUGAUGCUGGUUUUCUUCUUUGAGAAAAGAAGUUUGUUUUUGCAUUGAUGUUACAUACUACCCUCGUCACUUUCAUCAUGUUACAUACGACCCUCGUCACUUUCAUCAUGUGACAUACAAGCCUUGUCACAUUAAUGUAACUUUGCUAUUUUGUAUUAAACAUUUAAAAUCA